AUGUCACAUAUUACUGAAGAUUGUCUUAAAAUUAUUAUUAAUGAAUUACAAUAUGAUUUAUCAUCUUUAUAUUCAUGCAUUUUGGUAAAUAGACACUGGUGUCGUAUAGCUAUACCAAUAUUAUGGAAAAAUCCAUCUUCUCUAAAAGGAUUUUCACCUUCUAAACUUCAUAAUAUGAUAAUUUUCUUACUACCAAAAUCUUCAAAGAAAUUUCUAUCUGAUAAUAUCCCUGAAUUAUCUUUAACUGAAAUUUCUGAUAAUAAACCAUUGUUUAACUACAUUAGCUUUUUCACUCAAAUUUCACCAGAUUUAAUCAGUGGUGUAUCAAAGGCAUUAAUUUAUGAUGAUAAUAAAGAAUAUAAUAAUAAUGUUGGAGAAAGAUAUAAGAAGUAUAUAUUGAAUCAAGAAAUUUAUAAGCUAUUUAUAAAUAAUUGUAAAGGUUUAAAACUUUUUUAUUGGGAUACAUCACAUCCUUUAUUUAAAUAUCAAGGAGCAACUACUUGCUUUUCUCAAUUAUGUACAUUAAAAAUUAAUCUUAUAUUUGUGACAAUAGGAAAUUUAUUUGAUAUGAUACAAAUUUGUCAAAAUAUUAAACACUUAGAAGUAACUAAUUGUAAUAAAAAUAUUGAAGGAUUAGUUGAUUUCAUUAAUAUUCAAAGAAAUUUACAAUCAUUAUGCAUAGAUUUUUUGGCUAAAGAAAAAUUACAUUUCUCUAUAUUUAGACCACUGAAUGAUAUAAUUAUGAAGAAAGCUUCUACAUUAAAAAAAUUCACUGUUAGACCAUUUAUUAGAUUAUUAUCACCUAAAAUUCUUACAUCAUUGAUAAAUUUACAACAUUUAGAAAUUAUUAGUGAUGCAGAUUUUACUUUAAUACUUGGAGGUUCCACAAUGGAAGUUUGGGAUGAAUAUUUAUCAAUUGCUUCAUUUCCAAAUCUUCAAUAUCUAGAAAUAUAUUUUAAUACUGAUUUAUUUUUUACUAAAGAUUAUAUGUUGAUUGAAAAAUCUAAUGGAAAUAUUUUAGAGAUUAAUAUACGUAGAGAGAAACUUCAUGAUCCUAUUUAUACUAAAAUAUUAAUUAUAACAAUUUCUAAAUGUUGUCCAAAGAUCAAAAAGUUAACAAUUAAUAUUGAACCUGAAAAUUUUGAAGAUUUAAAAGAAAUCUUUUUAAAUUGUACACAAUUAGAGAUGAUGAGUCUUUCAUUGGAUAGUGAAGAACAUAAUGGUGACAAACUAUUAGAAAUUAUAUUAGAUUAUUCACCAGAAACUUUGCGUGAAUAUUCAUUUUUUAAAAAAGAAAAUUCAAUAUUUACAACUAAAGGAUUAGAAAAAUUUUUUGAAAAUUGGAAAAAAAGUAAAUCACCACUCAUUUUUAAUAUUAUUAAUGACUAUUAUAGUAAUGAAGAAAACUUUACAGAUAAUAAUAAGAUUAUAAAAAAAUAUUUUGAUGAGGGUGUAAUUAAAGAAUAUAAUAUAUAUAAUAUAUAUAAUAUAUAUAUAUAA